GGAAGUUUGUUUAUAAGUCUUUCAACAGACCGCUACUGCUGUGCAAUGUUUUUAAGAAGUGCGUAAAUAGAAAGAUCAUUAGACAGUUUCUUGCUCAUAAUGGCACAGCAGAUAUUGAAACUGGCACUUGCCAUUAUAGUAUGGCUAAUGGAUGGAGUUGAGACAUGUCCCACAGGAGUGCAGCCGUUUUGCAGGUGCGGCCCGGAGAAUGAACUCGAGAUAUAUUGCUCUGACUGGAAAGGAGGGACCCCACCACCUUUCGGAGGAGGGGACCUUGAAUCAACUGUUUAUUAUCUUCUGGACUUUUCAAAAAGUGACAUUGAGAAGUUACCACGGAACGCAUUUCUUGAUUUGCAAGUGAAAAUUAUGGUACUCACAGACCUAGGAAUUAAUUUUGUGCACCCACGUGCAUGGCCCAAGAAAAAGUCUCUCAACGUUGUGGAGUUGGACAUGAGUGGUAAUGAACUUCAUAAGAUACCCGUCAUCGCUCUCUCUGGAUUACGUAACUUAGAGACUUUAAGAUUUGAAAACAAUGGAGUGACUGUGGUAGAAUCAUUUAUGUUUUCAAAUGCAUCUCUGAGAUCAAUUCGCUUCUUGUAUCUGGGGCAUAAUGAAAUCGAGGAGAUCGAACUUGAUGCAUUUGAUGGUCUAAGCCUUCAUCUAUUGGGCCUAAACCAUAACAAAAUUGACCGAAUCCCGUAUGAAAUGUUCCCAAAAAGUCCCAAUCUGAAAUGGUUAGUAAUGGAGGGCAAUAGAAUUGAUUAUUUCGACGCAUAUCCAUUUAAAAGAUUGAAAUAUCUUAAAGAGCUUCACCUCUCGGAUAAUUCAAUUCCAGCGCUCCCUGACGAGAUGGGAAUUUAUUUUAAGAACCUCGAGAAAAUAUACUUGCAACAUAACCGCAUCGAUGAGCUACUCCCUCACACAUUCAAAGGCAUGAACAAAAUUACGACCAUCGAUUUGAGCACUAAUCGAAUUCCAAAGCUUUUUUCAGAGACUUUUCAUGAUCUUACAAAAUUAGUUCACCUUGACAUUUCAAAGAAUGAUAUUGAGAUGAUUCAACCACAAACCUUCCGAAAUUUGAUUUCUCUCCGCUACAUGGGUCUUCACGAUAAUAGAAUCAUCAGCCUGCCAGAGUUUACAUUUGAGAACAUGCCAAAAGUUCAUACUAUUGAACUACAUAAUAAUGACAUCAGAGAAAUAGCAGAUCGAGUCUCUGAUGGGAAAUUUGGUGUUGUUAAACUAUCGCUUUCGAAUAACAGUCUCGAUGGGAUUCCUGAACUUGAGCAUAUUUUCCCCGAACUUGAAAUCUUAGAUGUCAGUAACAAUUAUAUCGUCGAAGCCAACUUCCAAAAUAAUCUCCGAAACUUGACACACCUCAACUUGAAUAACAACAGCAUUGAAAAGCUUUCCGAAGGGAUGUUUGAAAACAAUCCAAACUUGGUGGAGUUGAACAUGACUCACAAUAACGUACCCUUGAUCUACCCAAGGACCCUAUCAGGACUAGACAAGUUGAAAUGUUUAAGAUUGGACUAUAACAAUAUGUUCUACAUCGUACCCCAUUCAUUUAGCAACCUCUCUAACCUACACUUCCUACAUCUGAGCAACAACAAACUCAUUGAUAUUCUUGAUGUGACGUUUUAUGGUGCAGACUGGUUGCGUAUUUUGGAUUUAUCACACAAUCAAAUUCAGUAUUUGGAUCCGAAUGCCUUCCUCGGCCUGGAGCGUUUAGAAAAGCUGGAUUUCUCACAUAAUGAUAUCGCUGACAUUCAACCUGGAACCUUCUCAGUACUCAAGAAUUUACGUAUGCUUGAUAUCAGUUACAACUUUCUCGAAACGAUAAAUGCUCCAGAUAUGAAGUCACUUCAGAAAUUAGGAAUCCUUAACCUCUCUGGGAACCGAAUUGCUAAGCUCCCACGCGAUGCGGUUUCUAUAGCAACCUUGAAACAUUUACGUUUGACGUAUAAUCCACUACAUUGUGAUUGUUCGUUGCUAUGGUUAAGGUAUUACGCUUCCUUCAUCCGCAUUGAUGAAACCAAUUGUGCGUCUCCAUUAGAGUACAGUGAUAAUAGCAUAAUGUGUUACCACGCCCCAACAUGCCCUAUGUGGCCUUACGUCCCAUUUGUCGACUGUUCAAAUGCUCGAAUAUUCCACAAACAUGGUGGACGCAAUCUAGAGAACCGCAGACGCAUGCGCAAUGAGGUGGAACCGAGGAAAAGUGAAGAUUAUAACGAGGACUACGCAAUAUAUACUGGUGGAUCAAACGUACUUAAGGCAAACCUUGACCAUGUCGAUCAACCCAUCGUGUAUCCCAAGGACGAACCUAGAGAAUCCGUGAAUGAUGAGUACAAUGAUUACGCACAGUACGAUCAAUAUGGAGACGAAUAUGACGACUACAAUGAAGAAUAUAAUGACAAGUAUGAUGAGUAUGACCAGAGCAAUUAUGAUAAUGAAGAUUACGGAAAUGAUCAGGAGGAGUAUGAUUAUGAAGAAGAUCAGGAUUAUACUGGGGACGACUACAACGACGGAGAGGAAGAAGAAAUCGAUGUUCAUGAUGUUACUGACCUACGGGAACAGAAUUCACUUGAAGAAAAGGAAAAACAGUCUGCCAAUGAAGCGAUUGUAGACAAAACAACCAUUGAGCGAAAAAAUAGCGAAAGUCCUAUGGACACUGGGAAAACGUCAAAUGUUGAACAGGAACAUCUUCCAAAUGACACCGGUCAAAAAGUUGAAAACGCUGUUAAAGAUGGGGUGCCCGAGACGCAAAUAUAAUAAAUAUUGAUAUCUAGUGAUAAUAUUAUAAAAAGACGACCAUGACCUCAUUUCUGGCACAGUCAUUACAUAUAAUUUAUGAAAACAGCAGUGUCAUCUUAUCAUAUAAACAUUUAUUGACAACAACACAUAAAAUACCAACCUCAUACCAGCUUUAAUAAUUGUAAAUAUCUGUAAAUAGCUUCAAAUGAUCAACGAAAUGAUGAUAAUCACACAAAUUGCAUUUAACGUUUUUGACGAAGGGCUUUUCAAUAAUUU